AUGACACGCAUUCUGAUCGUUUGCGUCGGCAGCAUCGGUGCGGUUUAUGCUGCCAUUCUCACCCGUGCUGGCGCCGAACUCGUGUGUGUCUGCCGCUCAAACUACAAUGAAGCAAAAGCGUCUGGCAUACGAAUCGAAUCUCAGAUUUUUGGCGAUCAAAUCAUACGCCCAGCUAUAGUGUCAACUAUCGAUGAAGCCGCUGGGCUCUCGGGCCAACCCUUCGACUAUGUGUCCAUCACCACUAAAUCGUUUCCCGGAACGCAGCAGCAGAGCAUCCAAAGGCUUACAUCUGUACUCAACAAUGAUACCACUGUAAUUGCGCUUCUCCAGAAUGGUAUAGGGAUAGAAAAGGAUUAUCAUCAAGAGCACCCUGGUACCUCAGUCAUCUCCGGGGUGGUAUAUAUACCGACAUCCCGGACGUCCCCAACCUCAGUCAAGCACACUGAAACAGAAAAUAUGUUUCUGGCACAGUCCCCUUAUAGAUCCAACCAUAAUCACGCCGAGAAGUUGUCCGCCAUUCUCCGAGCUGGCGGAGCGACUGUCAAGGAUCGCCAAGAUAUUCAAGGAGAACGCUGGAAGAAGAUAGUGGCUGAUGGGACUUGGAAUCCUCUCUGCGCACUAUCUCGCUGUCGUGAUUUACAACUGUUGGCAGCAUCUCCACUGGCUUUCAAAGUUGUGCACGAGAUAAUGAUAGAAGUUUGUGCUGUUGCUGCAGCAUGCGGUUAUUCCCAAUAUGCUAAUGACGAGACGAUUAAGUUUCAGAUGAGUCGAUCGCAUAUGAUGCCUUACCCAGGUGUUGAGCCAAGUAUGAUGGCAGACAUGCAUGCUAGAAGGGAUAUGGAAGUGGAGGCAAUUGCAGGAAGUAUUAUUCAAUAUGCCCAGGAACAGAAUGUUCGAUUCCACCUUCGUGGUGGUGAGAUUCCGAAAAGUCAACGGAAUAAGCUUAAGAGCGUGCGGUAG